UCAAGUUAUGACGAGAUCACAAGACCAAGCAUAGACAACACUUUUAUCAACCAACUUGUCUUCUGUCAUCAGGUGAUUGGGAGUGAGGAAUUCAGAAAAGGGAUAAAUUCGUAAAUCAAUAUGUCUGGGAAAGACAAACUACAAAUUUUCCCUUCUCGGGGAGCUCAGAUGUUAAUAAAGGCCCGUCUGGCCGGGGCAGUUAAGGGCCAUGGUCUCCUCAAGAAAAAGGCUGAUGCCUUGCAAGUGAGGUUCCGUAUGAUUUUGGGAAAAAUCAUUGAGACAAAGACCCUUAUGGGUGAAGUAAUGAAGGAAGCAGCAUUCUCCCUGGCCGAGGCAAAGUUCACGACGGGAGAGUUCAACCAGGUGGUGUUGCAGAAUGUGACUAAGGCACAGAUCAAGAUCCGUUCCAAGAAAGACAAUGUUGCUGGUGUCACACUGCCAAUCUUCGAGUCAUACCAAGACGGUUCAGACACGUACGAGCUCGCGGGUCUCGCGCGCGGUGGUCAACAGCUCUCGAAGCUGAAGAAGAACUUCCAAAGUGCUGUGAAACUGCUGGUCGAGCUGGCGUCUCUCCAGACCUCGUUCGUGACUUUAGAUGAAGUCAUCAAGAUCACUAAUAGGCGUGUCAACGCUAUUGAGCAUGUGAUCAUCCCGCGGCUGGAGCGCACUCUGGCGUACAUCAUCUCCGAGUUGGACGAGCUGGAGCGUGAGGAGUUCUACCGGCUCAAGAAGAUCCAGGAUAAGAAGAAGAUCAUUAAGGACAAAGCGGAAGCGAAAAAGAAAGAGCUCCUAGCGGCGGGUCUGGGUCUGGACCUCGGCGACGGCGGCGCCAACCUGCUCGACGAGGGCGACGAAGACAUCGUGUUCUAGAUAAACCUGAACCCUCUAGUUAUAACCGGUGAACCACGAGCAGCGGCCAUUUUGUUGGGGACUACUUAUCUACUGGCGUGUAGUGAGGCCUCAGCGUAGUCUUAAAGACAACUUUCUACAUUCCGUCUAAGCUAUAGUUUGAAUCUUCUCAAAUGAUUUUUACGCCAAAGACCCCAAUCUGUUAAACAAAAGCCAUUGUUUCUUUUGUUUAACAGAUUAGUAUCUUUGGCGUAAAAAUCAUUUGAGAAGAUUCAAACUAUAACGUUGCAGCGACUUGAACAGAACAAAGUGAGUUGGUGUCAUUAUUUUCAUAGAAAUUUGACAUUCAGAAAGCCACACUUUGUCAUUGUAAAUGCCAUGCAGAGUUAGCUUAGUCGGACUCUUAAUACAGAAAGCUUGCCUCAAAAACUCGUAUCUUUAUUACUCUACUGACACCUGCCUGACAACGCUCGUUGUGUAGCUUCCGUGGAACUUACAGUCUGGCAAAAAAGAGUAGAAAUUAAAAAGUGGCAACACUGUAGUGUCGUCCCGUUUUUCUUAGAUUGAUUUUAAAGGGACGACACUACAGUGUUGCCACUUUUUGAUUUUUACUCUUUUUUGCCAGACUGUAAUCCUAUUGGAGUGCCUAUUUGCAACGUAGCUCAAUAAUUAGCUUCAAGAAAAUGGCCUCUGUAAUUUACUUUCGUGUUUAAACUGUUUAUAGGGUGGUUAUUUAAUCGUUGCUGAAAUAUCUAAACAGCUAUAUUUACUGAUAAAAUCCAUCCUGUUGGUUAUAACAGUUAAAAAGCACUGCUGAGGUCCUACAAUGGCUUCGCCGGCCUACCGGGUCGAUAGUAUUUGUAUGUCUAGUUACAAAUUGUUAGUAGUGGCAGUUAAGUGUUCGAAAAACUAACAGUAUUACACACACACACACACACACACACACAGUGUUACACAUUAUGGAGACGAAAAAUGCCCUUUACUUAUAAUAUAACCUCACUUUCCCAGACCUCCAAAUUUCAGUUUCGACACUUGACUGCAUUCAAAUGUUUAUCAAUUGAUAUUACAGCCUUUAUGGUGUCUGUAAAUAAUGUAGUGUUAUCUUCUUCCACAAAUCAGCCCUACGACCUUCUAAUACGGUCUAAUUUUCAGUGGCAAUCUGAUUGGUACACAAAUUGAUUGUAAGCAUUCCACGCAUUAUUUCAACUAAAGCUAAUAAAAUAAUUAAUUAAUUUAAUUAAUUAAUUAAUUUAGAAUGCUGUUUAAAAUAUAAAGCAUAAGUACACCCAUUUUAUUAUUUAUAGUUUUUUGAUUUGUUGUUUAAUGGUCGUUUAAGUGUAAGCAAUCAUGUAAAUACAAGUUUGUGAUGCGAAAUAUUAAAUAUUAUUAUUGAUCGAAA